CUUUGAUUUUUAUUUUUAUUAUUUUGUUUCCUGAGAAAAAUUCAGAUUGUGUUGUUGGAUUUGGAUGCUGCAUUUCCAUUUUGCAUUUUUCCAUCACUGUCAUCUUCUGGGUUGUAUUUUGAGGUGAGUCUGGAGAAAAUGAAGGGAAAAUCGAGUCUUUUGUUGAAAGGAAAUGAAUUGAUUUGUGUUUUUGACUGAAAAUGUGGGUUGUUUUUUGCUUUUGAUUUUCAAUGGAGAGGGUAUCUUUGCUGUUAAUGCUUUCUCGGCAGCCAAACAGAGCUUUAGCUUCGGAUUAAUUUUCUGACUUUUUUAGUUUCUAAAAUUGUUUUUUAUUUUUCGAUUUUUGACUUGUGUUGGAUAUUAGAAAUCCAUCGUUUUCGUUAUUAACGAACUCCUAUAUAUCUCAAUCAUAGUGUUGCAUAUGGUGUUUUUUAUGGGCAAUGGAACGAUGUUUAUGGUUUCUCUGUAUUUGGUUUGUAUAGUUAACAUCAAAUUUAGAAAAACUCAUCUUUUUAGUGGUAAGUGGAAUUUAGUAUCGGUUUUGGGAGUGAAGAGUAUGUAUACAUAAUCACUUCGUUCAUUGAAUUAGAAAAUGGACAGGUUUUAGCAAGUGUAUGUACAUUUGCUUUUGUGCAAUACAUUGAAUUAUUUCCUUUCCACGUGGUUUUCUUCCAUAAUCCCUUCUAGACAAUGUCAAAAUCAUGUUUCAAUGUUUUCAGGAUCAAUAUUACUAUUUAUGUUUGGUGCCAUGUAAAAACAGUAUCCUCUUUAAUGUGAUAAGCUUUUUCGUUCAUAUAUCGUCUAAUUGUUGAUUGUGUCAUAGCUUGGACCCUUCUUUUCACAUACCUUGUCUCAUAUUUUUCACACUGUCUGAACCCUGAUUUGGUUAUUCUAUUUUUAUUAAGCUAUUUACUUGCUCGAUAUUAGAAAAUGCAAAAUUUACUCUGUUGAGUUACAUUAUUUGAAUUUUGAACCUUACUUUUUGAAACACUUUUAUCAACUUAUUUCUUCCCAUCUUUGAAACUCAGGCAACUGUGAACAUUUACUGACAGAUAAUUGCCGGAGUAAGGGAGAAACUAUGUGCAGCAUUAGCAUAUGGGUGAAACAUUGGAGUGAAGUGUGAAGUUUGAGUGCAUAUUGUGCCAUGCCAACCAAUAUUCAGCCAAGUAGUAAUGGAUUGUUGAAACCUGCCGAGGAUAUGAGAUUUAUUUUAGACUUCAGAAAGAGUGGCUCAAAACAGAAUGGCAGCUCAAAGACGGGUAAAGAAAGUUCUGUAUUGCCCAAUUCGAGUCAAAGUUCAAAGGAUGCUGACAAGUUGAAGUCAAAGAGUGGUGCUGGUCCACAAUGCAGUGAUCGCAAACAAAAGGCCAAGGUGGAUGUAGAAGGCAGGAUUCAGAACUGGGAAACUGUGAGGAGAAAGGCAAUUGAAAGUGAUGAGCUUGUCAAGCACAUGUCUAAUUUACCAGGUUAUCUACUGCGUACUGAUAGAGUAGAAAAUUCUCAAGAGAAAGCUUUCAAUGUUGGUGUUCUAGAUUGGUCUCGACUGGAGAAAUGGAAGCACAAGCAUAUUCCAGUACUGGCCAGUAAUUUUGCAUCAUUCAAUAGCAGCGAAUCAUUAUCAAGAACAGCCACCAAAUCAUCAAUCAGUAUUGGCGGCAAGGAAAAACUUAAUGAUAAGAAAAGUAUUCGCUCUUCAGGCAUCAAGCCAUCUCAUAGGGAAUGCCUUCCUGAAAGUACCAAACUUCCUUCUUAUGAUGGCAAACGGCUUGAAUCUUCCAAAAAUGGAGCUAAGAGUGUUGGAGGUGAGAAAAGAAUGACACCCUGGACAUUUGAGUCCUUUGGCAAAACUGGCUCAGAUACAUCCCUUGGAAAGGAGCGGAGGAAUGACUAUAUCAAAAGAAAUUCAAAAGUUGAAAAUUUUGCAUCAAACUCAAGGCUCCAUGGGAUGUCGUCAGUUCCCAAUGAAAAAGCAAAUGGUAGGGAUGGUGCAGCUAAGCAAAACAAGGCAGGUUUGCAAGAGUAUAACCAUGGGAAUAAGGAGAGAAAUCAUAAGUCAGGCUCCAAUAUGGGACAGCCAUCACUAAAAUUGAAAAACAAAGGGGCGGCCUCAUCCAGUUCUAAGAAAAUGAGUUGCAGCAGUAGUGAAACCAGGAAAAAGGUGGAUCAGUUGCAGGAGUCAGAUUUUGACAUUGGUAGUAAACACUGCCGUAGCAAGCCAAGUAAUAUUGUGCUGCUUUGUCCCCAUGAAACUCCCCAGUCAAGUUCUUCAGAGGAUUUUAGGCUUUCUGAAUUAAGAACGUCAUCAGAUGAAAACAUUUCAGAAUCAAGCCAAAGUAGUUUGUCAUAUGUUUCCCUUCCUGAGGAGGUUUACACUGAAAAUGAAUGCUCUGAAAUCCCACUUUCAAGAGCACGGCAUUCUGCAGUUGAGCUUUCUUCUUCAGAAACAAUGCAACGCAGUAUUAAUACUGAUCUGGGUAUGGAUCAUACUUCUGUUGUAUCCAUGACUCCAGCUUCCAUAAAAAAUAAGAUGUCUAGUCUGGAAUCUGUACGGGCUUGCUUUGAAAAAGAUGUGUUAGACACCAAACUGAGAGAUCAGUGUAUUUUCAGUAAUUUGAAGGAAUCACUGGACCAAGAAACUGCUGAGCUGACAGCUCAGAAGGAAAUGAAUCCGUCCCACAACCGCCGGUUUAGCUUCAGCUUAAGUCGGAUUGGAAGAAGUUUCAGUUUCAAAGAGGGGUCUACACUUCCACAAUCUAGCUCCACGUUUGUCAGUGCAAAGUCUGGUCCAGUAACGCCUCAAUCUUCUGUUCGUUGGGAUAAUCCAAGCAAAGAGAAGGGAAAAAGUCAUAACAGAACCAGGUCCAGCUCCUUGCAAAGGUUUUUGGAUCCUAUAUUGAAGCACAAGACAUCAGACAAACACCAUUCAGCUGAAAGCAGUCAGACACUAGAGAGAAGCGUGAAUUCAAGCUUCAGAACCCUCAGUAUUAGUGAAUCGCUGCUGGCUGAAAAGAGCCAAGGAUCAUCAAUUCAAGGCCUCUUGCAGCUUACAAUAAAAAAUGGAGUGCCUCUGUUUAAAUUUGUGCUCAACAAUGAAAGGAAAAUUUUUGCUGCUGCCAAGAAUAGUUUAACAUCAGCGGCGAAGGGUGAUUUAGGCUACUGUUUUACGUUCUACCUCGUUAAUGAAAUAAAGAAGAAGAGUGGUGGAUGGAUUAGUCAUGGAAGUAGAGAAAAAAGCCAUGGCUAUGCCUACAAUAUUGUUGCUCAGAUGAAGCUUUCCAGCUCUAAAAUCACCGAACCAAUCAGUCAUAACUCCAAUACGAAACGCAUGGUCAAAGAAUAUGUUCUAUCAGGUGUCGAAAUUGGCCAGACAGAUCAAGGACCACCAAAGUUCAUUCGGAGUGCUGAGCUUGCAGCUGUUGUCAUCGAAACCUCAUGUGAAAAAAUCAGUGAAGUAAUGUAUGGCAAUGAUAACUUGCCGAAGAAAGAAUGCACUAAGUGCUUGGCAGAUGAAAGAUGCUCGUGCAGUUCAGGAGAAACUGAUACCUCUGGUGGCACUACAGUUAUUCUUCCAGGUGGUGUACAUGGUUCACCGGUCAAAGGUGAACCUACACCGUUGAUAUAUAGAUGGAAAACCGGGGGAUCAUGUGAUUGCGGGGGUUGGGACAUUGGUUGCAAACUGCUUGUGCUCUCCAACCAGAAGCAGAGUUCAAAUGUUCCAAAAUGUUAUAAGCCUUACCAUGAUCGUUUUCAACUUUUUGUUCAGGAAGGAACUGAACAAGACACACCCCAUUUCACUUUGUUGCCACUGAAGGAUGAAUUCUAUUCGGUCGAAUUCAAUUCAACAAUCUCUCAUUUACAGGCAUUUUUCAUUUCAGUUGCCGUUUUAAGCGGCCAGAAACUUCCAGGUUCCAUGGAAAUGGAUAGCAUGCAUGAAGAGAUUCUUAAGGAACCCAGUUCCAACAACAGCAAACUUCAGGGGAAAGCACCUUUAAAAUAUGCUCCAAUUCCACCACUCUCCCCUGUUGGUAGGGUUUAA